AGGUCCUCUAUUGUUGUUGCCGUCGUUAUUAGUUUUGUUGCUUAAGAGGUCAAUUAGUCGUUGAGCUUUCUCUUUCUCUGUUUGAUCGGCUGGUAGUUCCUAUGUUUGACUCUAAUUGAAGCAACCCUUCUCUCUUAAGCUCUGUACUCCAAUGGCUUUUCUCCUAUUCUCUUUGAUUUCUCGCUUUCGCUUGCAUUUCCAACAAAGAGGCUUGGUGGGGAAGAUUCUGAGUUGAAUUUCUCGAAUGGGUUGUUUGAGUUUGGAUAUGGGGGUCGUGAAAAUUUUGGGGUUUUUGUGGUCUCAGAGAAGGAAGUUGAGGUUUCUAUACUGGGUUGCAUUCUGGUUGUGUGUAGCUUUGGUGCUUUUUCAGCCGGUGGCGGGUCUCAGACCCUUGCGGGAAAGGGCUCGCUCGUGGGGUGAUGAGUGGCUAUUUGUAAGAAAGGAUGAAAGUGAUUUGGGUCCAUUUUCUACAUGGAACAUAACAGGAACUUACAGAGGGACUUGGAAGUUUCCUGAUUCUGCAAAUAGCUCUUCCAGAUUUCCGGAUUUUAGAAAAUCCGACGGCAACUCUAUCAUCGAAUUAGUUAGCACGCAAACAAAAAUAACUGGCGUACAUUACGUGCAGGGUGUAAUUAUUUUCCAUGAUGUGUUCGACAAUGAACACAAUGUUGGUGGUGUUCAAAUCAAGGUGGAAGGUGUAUUUAUAUGGCCGUUUAGACAACUUCGAAUGGUAGCUAACAGUGGAAAAGAGGGAGAGUCCAGUCAAGAAGAGGAUUAUAUGUUGUCAAAUCCGUAUCAUAUGCUUGGAGUUUUCUCUUCCCAGGUUUUCCAAGAAUCUCCUCGAGAUAAGAUAUGGAGGAAAAAGCAUUCUCCAAUUUAUGAAAUGGAGAAACAUUGUAAUAUAGAAAUUGCAGGCCAAAUUUCACGCGUCUCAUCCCCCCAUAAUGAUGGUGAUCGUGAUCGUUACCACAUAGAAGCAUUGAUGGAGAGUCCUGCAGUGGAUGAUGAUGGAGAUUGCUUCUCACCCUUGGUACUAAAUGCUACUUCUGUCAAUGUUGAGGUGUACUACAACAAAGCAGUGAACUAUACCUUGAUGGUCACCUUUGUCUCCUUUCUCCAAGUUCUUCUCUUAAUUCGCCAAAUGGAACAUAGCAACACUCAGUCGGGGGCUGCCAAAGUUUCAAUUCUAAUGAUUGGCCAACAGGCUAUCAUGGAUGCUUAUCUUUGCCUUCUACAUUUGACCGCAGGAAUACUUGUUGAAUCCUUGUUUAAUGCUUUUGCGACUGCCGCUUUUUUCAAGUUUGUUGUCUUCUCAAUAUUUGAGAUGAGAUAUCUUCUUGCUAUAUGGAAAGCUAGUAGGCCGACAAAUAGUGGAGAAGGUUGGGAGACAAUGAGGCGUGAGCUUUCAGUUUUAUAUAGCCGUUUCUAUGGGAUCCUUUUGGGAGGCAUUCUGUUCAUGUAUGAGUUCCAUAACUUCCUGAGACCUAUUCUUCUCCUUAUGUACUCAUUUUGGAUACCACAAAUAAUCACCAAUGUUAUUCGUGAUUCGAGGAAACCAUUGCAUCCUCAUUACAUCUUAGGCAUGACUGUUACUCGGCUUGCAAUCCCGUUAUACAUAUUUGGUUGCCCUAACAACUUCAUGCGUAUUGAGCCUGACAAGAGUUGGUGUAUUUGUUUGGGUGUAUUUAUUGGACUACAAGCAUCAAUUCUUCUUCUUCAGCACUAUCUUGGCUCUCGGUGGUUCAUUCCUCGUCAGAUUCUACCUGAAAAAUAUAGCUACUUUAGAAGGUACGAUCAGGAUACACAUCACACCACAGACUGUGUCAUUUGCAUGACUGCAGUUGAUCUCACACAGCGUUCAAAUGAUUGCAUGGUGACACCAUGCGACCAUUUCUUUCAUUCAGGUUGUUUACAAAGGUGGAUGGAUAUAAAGAUGGAGUGCCCAACCUGUCGGCGUCCACUGCCACCAGCCUGAUCCAUUCACUCUGUCUAUAUCAUGUAUAGGAUCAACUGACAUCGCCCAACUCACUAAUCUUGGUUGGGUAUUGAAUCCAUAAUCAGCUUGAGUGCACCUUCAGAAGAAGGGUGAGACAAAUCAAAUUCCAACUGUAACUGAUUCUGCAACGGCCAACUCUAGCCAAUAAUUUUUUUUUGCACUGUUGUAUAAUGUAUAUCUUAGUAAGCAAUUCCAUAGGAGCAAAUCCUUAUUAAUCCCAUCGGUAGUUGGUUCCCUCUGCACGUUUUCAUUUUUAGAAGUAGGCUGGAAGAUGAGUAAUUGUCUUCAAUCAUGGUUAAAAGGAAACAAGAAAAAAUAGCAUCGGCGCAGACAUAUAUGUUUUGUGCAUCUUCACAUUCAUAAGCGAUUAUGCAAUUUUACGCAUUAUUGUAUCUCAUGGAACUCAGUCCUGAAUGUGGGGGUAGAAGGCGACAAGGAUGUUGAUGAACUUACACAUGCUUGUUAUAAAA